AUGCAGGAUUCCAAUUCCGAUCAGGUGCAGUUUUUCUUGACGCCGAAACACCCUUGUUCCUAUCUGGAUCGCAAUAACGCGCAGACUCUGUUUUUUGAUCCGCGCGAAGUCGUCUCACCACAGAUUUACCAGAACCUCACGGACCAGGGUUUCCGCCGCAGCGGGAGUCACCUCUAUCGGCCACAUUGUGGCAGUUGCCGGGCCUGUGUGCCGACCCGCGUGCCGGUUGAGCAGUUCACGCCAAGACGCUCGCAGAAACGGGUCCUGAAGAAGAACAGCGAUCUGCACGUGCGCCUUGAAGCCGCGACAUUCAGCAAACGUCACUAUCAUCUGUAUGAACGCUACAUCAGCCUGAGGCAUACAGAUGGUGAUAUGUAUCCCGCCAGCGAAGAUCAAUACCGCUCAUUUCUCCUGAGUCCAUGGAGUAACAGUCUCUUCGUCUGCCUGUAUGAUGGCGAGCGGCUCUUGAGUGUGGCGGUCACAGAUGAACAGCCGCGUGGACUCUCUGCUAUUUAUACUUUUUUUGAGCCUAAUGAAGAGGCACGCAGCCUGGGUGUGCUUAGCAUUCUGAAACAGAUCGAGCUGUGUCAGGAGCUUGGCCUGCCCUAUCUGUAUCUGGGUUACUGGAUCAAAGAUUGUGACAAGAUGAACUAUAAAACUCAGUACCGGCCAACGGAAUUGUUUGUUAACAAUCGCUGGGUUCUGAUGACCUGA